AUGACCAAUGUAACAAAAGUAAUACGACCAUUUUUUGAGAAAUAUGUCAAUCGAUCAUCAGUUGAAUCAACUGUUCUUUCUGGUGCCUUAUUCAAUGUGAUGCCAAGAAGUGGACUAACCGAACAAGUGCACAAUAAUCUUAGUAAUAUUCCUAAUGUAACAGUCUAUAAGCGUGAUGAAAUGCCUGAACGUUUUCAUUAUUCAAAGCCAAAACAUCGACUUGGCGAAAUCACCGCAUUGCCAGAUGUGGAAGGUCACAUUAUAUCAGGAGCAACAACUAAUGCACAAUAUGAUAAUAAAGGCAAUCACGGAUGGGAUAAUACACUACCAUCAAUGCAAGCCAUAUUUAUGGCUCGUGGUCCUUCGUUUAAUGAAAAUGUUCAAAUUGAUUCACUUAAUAAUGUUGAUAUUUAUCAUAUUGCCUGUCAUAUUCUUAAACUUAACCCAAAUCCUGAUAAAACCAGUAUAAUUAAUAUAAAUACACGAAUUUUAUGUUGGGUUCCAACAACACUUAAACGACUUGAUCGAGCCAUUGUCGUAUAUGAAACAUGGGCUAAACGAUGUGAUCAUUCAAUUUUUAUGAUUGCUGGGUCACGUCAACCAUCUUCUCUUGAUCAUUCAAAAUAUCCUUUUUCUAUUGCUUAUAUUGGUGAUGAAACGAUAGAAAAAUAUAAUCGAUUAUCGGAAAAAACUUUACUUUCAUUACUCUAUAUAUAUGAACAAUAUGGUCGUGAUUAUGACUGGUUUUUUAAAGGUGAUGAUGAUACAUAUGUCAUUGUUGAAAAUCUUCGCCAUUUUCUUCGACGUCGUCCAUCAAAUAUAUCAUUUUAUUAUGGUUAUAUAGCUACAACGUCAGAUCGACUUUAUGCAUCAGGUGGUGCUGGUUAUAUCUUAAGUCAAGAAGCAUUACUUCAAUUUGGUAAAGAAAUUUUAACAAAAACUGAAAAACGUAAAUUAUGUAAUAAAGAUGAAGCUGAAGAUAUAAAUCUUGCUUAUUGUCUUGCACGUAUUGGUAUAUUUGUUGUAAAUGUACGUGAUAAUCAACAACUUGAAAUUUUUCAUCCAAUGACAUUUGAACAACAUUUUAUGGGAAAUUUUACAAAAUGGAUUGAAAAGAAUGCACAAUUUGGUCAAAAAAAAGGUGAACAAUGUUGCUCACCAUUGACGAUAUCAUUUCAUAGUUUAUCACCCGAAGAAAUGAAGAUGAUGCAUUUUUUACUGUAUCGAAUAAAGAAAGCCCCUGUUUAA